AUGCAUGCGUUUGCUGCUGCUGUUUGCUGCUGCUGCUUGCUGCAGGUGUCGGAGAUGGACGCAGAGCAGCAGGAGGCGGCGCUGCAGCAGGAGGAGGAGGAGCAGCAGCAGCAGCAGGUGCUGCUGCAGUCGCCAGCAGCAGCAAGCACGGGCUCCCGCUCCAGGAGGUCUGAGAAACGAACCGAAGGCAACAGCCGCAGCAGAGUUCGCCACUCGCAGCAGCAGCAGCAGCAGCAGCAGCACAGCAGCGCGCGUCACCAGCGUGCGAGCGCAGCAGCAGCAGCAGCCGCAGCAGCAAGUCCUGCUGCUGCCGACGGCGACGCAGCUGCAGCAGCAUUAGAGGGGCACCGGCUGCGGCUGCAAAACUACGAGCAGCAGCAGCUGCUGCUGCAGCAGCAGCGGGAAAACGUGCGCAGGAGAAUGCUGCUGACGCAGAAGCAGCUUGCGGCGCUGCAGCAGCAGAUACACCUCAGCCCAGUGGAGCUGCAGGCGCAAACAGCAGCACUGCAGCGGCAAAUGGCGGAGGAGCAGCAGCAGCAGCAAACAAUUGACCAGGAGUUCGCUGCGCUGCAGCUGCGAAUCCGAGAGCUGACAGAAUCUCUUGCUGCUGCUGCUGCUGCUGCUGGGGGCGCUGCAGCGAGUCCCGCACCGUUGAAAGCAGCAGAGCACACGCAGCAGCAGCUGCUGACCCCGGAAGCAAGCAGCAGCAGCAGCAGCAGCAGCUGCACAGGAAACGGCGACAUCCGAAGGGCCACUGCUGCGGCGCAUCAGCAAAUGCAUGCAGCAGCAGACACGCUGCAGCAGGCUCCUGCUGCCCCCCACUUAGCAGCAGCAGCAGCACUUGAUGCUGCUGUUCCUGCAGCGCCGCAGCAGCAACAACAGGCACCUCCCAGUGCCGCAGCAACUAACUUGUCACAGCAGCAACAGCAGCAGCAGCAGCAGCAGCAGCAGCAGCCAGAUGUGGCUACAGGCAGCGAGUUUUUUUCCAGCGUAACUUGCAAUGGGGCGCUGCGGCGGAUGCAGCCGGAUCUGGCGGGGCAGCAAAUACAGCAGCAGCAGCAGCAGCAGCAGCAGCAGCAGCAGCAGUACGUAGUGUUGCCGCAGCAGCAGGACCUGCUGCUGCGGGAGCAGCAGGACCUGCUGCUGCGAGAGCAGCAGCACUUGCUGCAGCAAGCCGCAAUGGCCCAACUUGAGGAAAUGAAGCAAAAUGCAGGGCAGCAGCAACAACAGGAACAGCAACAGUUGCAGCAGCAGCUGCAGCAGCAGCACCAGGAGCAGCGGGCGCUUGUGAACAGUGAUGAGGGCGGCCUUGCAGCAGAAGGCGCAGCUUGA